GUAUGGACAUAAGAAAACAGAAGUUGUCCUUAUAUCUCUAAUAAGGUUUGGUGAGCUCGGAUGAUUUCUUAGGAUGGUAUAAGGGCCACUUGUUCUGAAAUCAUUUUGAGGCAAGAAUUUUUGAAAGAUGGUUUCCACAGAGACCUUUUAAUAAAAGUGAAAUUUGGAGAAAGCAUUGAGGACUUAGAGACUUGCCGGCUCUUAAUUAGACAUCGCAUCCCAGCAGGACUUUUUGUGGAUCCAUAUGAGUUGGCUUCAUUGCGAGAGAAAAACAUAACAGAGGCAGUGAUGGUGUCAGAAAGUUUUAAUAUAGAAGCCCCUGACUAUUUGUCCAAAGAAUCUGAAGUCCUCAUUUAUGCACGGAAAGAUGCUCAGUGCAUCGAUUGUUUCCAGGCCUUUUUGCCUGUGCAUUAUCGCUAUCACCGGCCACAUAGGAAAGAUGGAGACACCCUGAUUGUGGUCAGCAAUCCAGAUUUACUGAUGUACUGUGACCAAGAGUUCCCUAUUUUGAAAUGCUGGGCUAAGUCAGAAGUAGCAGCUCCCUGUGCUCUGAAAAGUGAGGAGAUCUGCCGGUGGAACAGCAUGCAGUAUAAAUCAAUACUUAAGAACUUGACCCUACAAGUUCCAGUGGGACUGACUAUACACACUUCUUUAGUGUGUUCUGUGACUCUGCUCAUUACAAUCCUGUGUUCUACUUUAAUCCUUGUAGCUGUUUUCAAAUAUGGCCAUUUUUCCCUGUAAGUUUUAUACAGUUACAUGUUUUCUAUGAACCUAAUAAAUGAGACCUAUUCAUUUGUGACAAGAA